GCUCCGUUGCCCGAGGCGGUCCGCACGGGCCCGCGGGGCGGGCGCGAGGCGGCGGCGAUGGCGGCCGAGCUGGAGUCUUCCCUGGAGCUGAGCUUCACGGGCAGCGGCACGGUGCCGGGCGGCGGGCUGCCCCCCGCGCGCUCCCGCAUCUUCAAGAUCAUCGUCAUCGGCGACUCCAACGUGGGCAAGACGUGCCUCACCUACCGCUUCUGCGCCGGCCGUUUCCCGCAGCGCACCGAGGCCACCAUCGGCGUGGACUUCCGCGAGCGCGCCGUCACCAUCGACGGGGAGCGCAUCAAGAUCCAGCUAUGGGAUACGGCGGGCCAGGAGCGCUUCAGGAAGAGUAUGGUGCAGCACUAUUACAGGAACGUCCACGCGGUCGUGUUUGUGUACGAUAUGACCAACAUGGCCAGCUUUCACAGUCUGCCCUCGUGGAUAGAGGAAUGCAAACAACACCUCCUUGCCAGCGAUAUACCACGGAUUCUUGUUGGCAAUAAAUGUGACCUGCGAAAUGCUAUUCAGGUACCCACGGACUUGGCCCAGAAGUUUGCCGAUACGCACAGCAUGCCGUUAUUCGAAACCUCUGCCAAAAACCCCAAUGACAAUGACCACGUGGAGGCCAUAUUUAUGACGCUGGCUCACAAGCUUAAAAGUCACAAGCCAUUAAUGCUAAGUCAACCCCCAGAUCGCGAUCAAAUACACAUAAAGCCCGAACCGAAACCCGCCGUGACCUGCUGGUGCUAAGUGUCACUAUUUGUUGCUGCCUCCUCGUGCCCUGUGCGAACGCUCCCAGGUUACGAUCUCGACGUAGAUCAGGGGUUUGGUAGCAAUUAUAGCAAAUCCCUGUGGCACUUUACUGUGUCGUUUGGUUUUUUUUCUGGUGUAGAUGUGCCCCUCUCAUUUUCUUGCGCUUCCUUAUUCCACUUUCUGAAUUACUGAAGUUCCACUAUAAAUAUGCAGGAAAGUAACCUUUCGGAUGAAGUGUUAACAAAGCAAGUCUUGUCAAGCUCUGGCUCUCCGAGAUCGUUUUUGUCACUCGUGGCAGAGCAAAAGUAGUAAAACGGAGUUAAACAAAGUAGUAAGAGGGUUUACUGAUGUGUUCGGUUGCUGCCUGCGUUGGGAUAACGUAGGAGGAGAAGCGUUUCGGGACGGCCAGGUAGCUCGAGCAGAUCAGCAGGUGGCGAGGUUUGUGACGUGCAAAGGAGUAUCGGACGCCUGCUAGCAAACUGAGAAGCGAGGCCCUGUUCUUCCUCUUUAAGUAAACAUUUUAAAAGCAGACUGGACCAUCAGACUAAGGUAGAGCCGUCGGUGCAGGCCUUUGUGACCUGACUAAGACUUAAAUCUUCAAUGAGGAUUGGCUUGUAAAUGUGCCGUCUUUGAGUCGAACGAGCCGGGGUAAGUGUAAGCACUUGCAAUUGAAAUAAAAAUAGGUGUGCAUUUAUCCAAGGCGUACUGGGGUUUUGCAAGACGCAGCUUUUAGAGGAUGCUCCUGCUGAUAAAUGCUUUUAAAAUAUCUUGGAGAAGACAGCUUUUUGCAAGGCAACGUGGUCACUUGCUUUAGGGACGAGGACGCUUAGGACAGGCCCUUCCUUCGGGUGCCCCUUUCGAUGCUCAAAGUCGUGCCUUGUGUAUUGGAAACUUUGAGGCCGCCGUACUGCGAGGAGCCGUGCUGCUCUGCGCUAGCGCGGACGAAGGCUGCUGCAGGUCGGUUUGCAUCCUGAUAAAAACACCCUCAGCCAUUCACAGCGUAGGGAAUAUCGCAUUUUCUUUAACUCGUUUUGAAGGCAAAAAUUAGCUCUUGAAUUACAGAGAAAAAAGUGCCACGUAGAUGACGUGUUACAAAUGUUGGUUACAGCACGCCUGUGUCCAGGCUGUAAGCCGUGCCUGCCUGGCAUUGCGAGUCAGGAAUUCCUCUUCUAGAACCGUCUUCUUCCACGUUCCCCUCGUUGCCACCAUUUGCUCUGUUCUUUGAAGGUCACAGUUCAUGACAAAGGUGGUGCUGUGGUGCUUGGUUGCUUAUGGUUACAUCAAGGGAAAUGUAAUCCUUAGAUUUCAGUGUACGACUCCGUAUGCCACGGUCAGACAAUAUUUUCCCACUUGUUUUUUUUUAAAGCAAUGUAAUGUCAAAUGGAGGUGUUUGAUUUGCAGUGUGAAACGCGUCGUGUGGGCUGGAAAUAGGAAGGCCAGGUCAGAAGCUGCCAGCCCAGCGAUGGCUAGAAACAAAGUACUGAAACAAAGUAGCUCAUAUGUUGUGAGCUAUGGAAAUUGUGUCACUGAAGUGCAAGUUACACCCAUAAAAGGGAAAAUGUGUCCACUCUUUUCUAGAUUUAGGAAAGCAUUGCAUUUGGCCUGUUAUGCUUAGGGUGUUUAAUAAGUGUCUACGCAGAUAAUAUUAUUCCUGUCCAAAUGAAGCUGCUACGGUUCUGACUGCAAUGUUGUUAAUGCAGCGUGUGUUCAAGGGAACUUCAGUGUUUGCUCUGAUCCUUAGGCGACCGGGCUUACGGUGCUCUUUGAGCAGCGAUCAGCUUGUGAAAGUAGCGUCCUUAAUGGUUUGGUUUUUUGUUGUUUUUUUGUUUUAUUUUUAACAAGGAGCAACCUGAAAUUUAUACAUGUAGCACUAUGAAUGAACCAUUUAUUUUUCACUCACGUCCUGAAUGCUUUUUUUCCAAAGGAUCCGCCUUAACUGGAAUGUUAGUAUCUGAACUUGUGUGUUAGUAAGCGCGUCAGCAAACACUCUUUUGUUGUCGUUGUCUUUUGUGUUUGCAUUGAUGUGAGCGAAGCAGAUCGCACAGAAUGAAGCGUUCCGAAGUCAGGCUGGGGUCUGAGGUAAGGCAGCCAUGGAGAUACAGCGCCGAUGGGAAAGGGGACGUCGGACAUCUGCAGAUCUGUUGCGCUCUGAGGCGUUGGCAACCUGUACAUAAGGGUUCCCACGCCGUUCAGAAGGCGUGGAAACAAACGAUGCUUUCAGUAUGUAAUCUUGUCUUGAGCACACAGCAUGUUUUAAUGGUUCUGCCUUGAAGAUAAUGUGAGCAUUCGGGCUUCGGUGCGCUUCCUGGCUGUCAGUCGUAGCGUUCUACCUACAGAAUCGAUGUGAACAGCACUGAACACUUUGUAUGUGUAUUUUCACCUUACCUGACUGUAACGUUGCAUUAUUUUGUAUGUGUUGGGGAAGGCUAAGACACAGUGCCAGAAACUUAACAGCUGGCUUUGCCGCAGACUAUUUUCACUUGUUUUCAGUAAAACGGUGAUAACAUUUCUCUUAUUAAAAUCCAUAAUAAACUGUGAUAAAGGGAGGAAAAUGAGUCUGUGUU